AUCUCGAACUCACUCUUGCGGAAUUUAGUCAAUCGCUCAUUGACUGACUGCUUCAUCUGCUCGAAAGACGGAGGUCUAGGCUCAUACAUACUAAACAUGGAUAUAAUGGACACGUCGAAGCCAAAUGUAUCAGAAGAACAAGUCAAAGACCUAGCAUUAAGUAUUUUCGAUUUGACAGUGACGUCAAUUAAAAAGAUGGUCAGCUUCGAUGAUCAAAACUUUCACAUAAAAGUUUCAAAAAACCACAAGAAUCCGCACAUAAAAGAUAUUUGCAUUGAUGGAUAUACGUUGAAAAUCACAAACACUGUAAAAAGUGCAACGAGCGGACACUUUGAUUCUAUGCACAGGGCAAUGAUUCAUUUCAACAAGAAAGGUUUACGGGUUCCUUUGCCAGUACGUAAUAUGGAUGGUAAAACAUGGAAAAUGGUACAAGUUCCAGUCCUAAAUAAAGGAAAAAAUGGCGUUUCUACAGAUGAUCCCUGUGGUAUUCAUCUUCUUACUUUUCUUCCCGGCGUGACUGUUUCUACACAACCGUAUACUAGCAGUAUUUUGUUCCAGUGGGGUGCCUUACUUGCCCAGUUUCAUAACGCAGCACAGGAUUACUCCUGUCCCAUCAUGGCAGAAAAAGAUAUUUUUUGGAAUCUGGAACAUGUACCAGAAAUCAUAAAUUUUAUGGAUGGAUUAGAAGAUGAAAGAAGAGCUCUUAUAUUAAAUAUUUUAAACCUGUAUCCUGAAAAUAUAGCACAGAAACUUCCAGAACUUCCAAAAGGCUUCAUUCACGGGGAUUUUAACGAAAACAACAUCCUUGUCCAGCUAAAAACGACUUCUGAUUGCGACGCCUCAGUAGAUGGAAUUCUUGAUUUUGAUGACAUGCAUUUUGGUACUUACGCGUGGGAUGUAGGGAUGAUGUUAGCCUACACCCUUCUAGAUUGUAAAACAAUGGAUCCUCUGGAAGGUGCUGGUCAUGCCUUGGCUGGCUAUUUAUCAAGGAGGCAACUCUGUUCAUUAGAGCUUUCAGUUUUGAAAAUGUGUAUAUCUUGUCGCCUAGCACAAUCUUUAGUCCUUUCAGCUUAUAGUCAUCGACUGGAUCCCAGUAACGCCUACCUUUUAUCAUCAGCAAAAACUGGUUGGGAUCGAUUGGAGCAAGUCUGGAACACCGAAAACGAAAGUCUUCUAAAUAAGUGGAAAGGAAUUCAGAAUCUUUAUAUCCAGUCCUGAAAUGUCAUGCCUAUAAAAAUUUAUAACUGAAUAAAAGUUUUCUAUA